AUGCCCGGCAUUGUCUGGAAUGAACUGGACGCAAGAACUAUGUCGUUUCCAUGCGUCAAGCUUAUUAAAAAAGAGCUCGCUGCACGUGAGCUAGACACUUCCGGCACAAAAGAAGACCUCAUCCAGCGACUCGCCGCGGACAUCGAGGCGCGCCGCGAAUCUUCACCUAGCCUGGACCAAGCGUUGGCCCCUGCCGCUGGCUCUUUGGCACUAGACCCCAUCACGCUACAAAACCUUGCUGUUUUGUUGCAGCAGCUGCCUCGUCCUUCCACGACAGUUACAACGCUACCAGACCUGUCCGUGACCCUCCCACAUUUUGACGGCUCGCCAAAGCAAAACGUCAAAGAAUGGCUUGAGGACUUUCAACGCGUCCAGCAACUUGCCUUAUGGGAUGACGCCACCACCCGGCUCAUCGCAGCAAGCAAGUUGAAAAGUACAGCACGAAACUGGAACCUCGCGUUCGGAAGCCAAUACGACACGUGGCCAGCUUGGAGAGACGCCCUCAAAGAGACCUUCAUCACAGAAUGGACCCUGAUCCACUGGCAGGAACGGGUCAUGGACGUGGCUCAAGGGAUUGGUGAAUCCCUUCAUCAGUACGCCUUCGCCAAAUUAAGGAUCAUCCAACGCUGCCCGCGGCCGGUAACCCUGAGCGAUCCGCAGAAGAUCGACACCUACUCCAAGGCAUGCGGGACCAACAUAUCGUCGCAGCAUUGGCAGCCAAUAGGCCAACAACCGUCCAAGCCUUUCUUGCGACAUGCACAAGCCUGGAUAGGUCCGCCCAACACGCCAAGGAAAGCCAUUCGACUACUCCAGCCCAACCCAAUCACCAACAUCAUUCGUCUAAAUCGGCUGGAUUUCAACGUCCUAUUCACUCUACGCAGCGCUCUGGCUUGACGUCACCAUCACCCCUAGCCUCACGUCUACGGGUCGCAGACCUGCCCACCGACUUGCAAGAGGCCAAAUACCAAGCCAUCACGUCGCAAUAUGGAGCCCCAGCGUUUCGUAGUGGCCAAGACUUGUCCCAAGCGGUCUGCUAUAAAUGCAAACACCUCGGACACCUCGCUUCGAAGUGUACAACAUACACCGAUGAGUCAGCACAUGCAUCGUCGUCGGCAGCUAGGGUCAUGCCUGCAAAGUUAUUUUCACCAGCUUUUCACAGCAUGCCAGCGACUCUUGAAGACUCUAAGCAGCAAUGCUCAUUCUUUUUAGCCACCAUCACUGGAAUGGGAGACUAUGAUGCUUUCCCAGACCAGGGUUCCAAGCUGACUCUCAUAGCAAAGUCGCUUGUUGCAGCACACAUGCUACAUCCCUGGACCGAUCCUCCACUGGCAGUUGUAGGAGGUACCACCAUACUCCCAGCGGGUACAGCUUUUCUUAAGAUCACCAUUUAGGGGAAAAUUUUCCCCCUAAAUUUAGCAGAGAAAGUUUUCCGCUAAAUUUAGCGGGGAGUUUUUCCCGCUAAAUUUAGCAGGGAAAAUUUUAAGCUAAAUUUAGCCAGGAAAUUUUUCCGUUAAAUUUAGCGGGGAAAGUUACCCAUAAUGCAACGCGCUGUGACAUCUAUGACAUCACUGGUGACCUUAAUGACAUCACACGUGACAUCAUCAUGGGAAACGUCCCAUAAUGCACAGCGCAACUACGCCGACGCCGCUCAAGCCGGAAACGGGCGCCUAAUAGCUGCGCUCUGAAAGAAAGAGUAUGGCGAGGUGAACGAGGUGUGACGUACGGCAAGGAAGGAGAGGGAGAUGCAGGUUUGCGAGUGUAUGCAAGAGACUUUUGCUGGACGAGACAGUUCGACUUCGGCUGCGUGUCGUAGUGGCCAAGACUUGCGUCGCGGUGUCAAUACACCGCGACGCAUGGCCCCGUCCCAGCGCCUGGCAGGCUCCUGCAGUGUCCUCGAAAACUACCUGGGGCACGUUCAUCGGGAACAGGAGUGGCUCACAGCUGAAGUUUUAACAAAGUUCAUCAGCAAUCACCUACUCAACCUCCAUGGCGACGUGAGUCUGGAACUGUCUGCCUAGAACUGUAUUUAUUAUUUUUUUAUUAAAUUCAUUUAAUCUAUUUUUAACUCUGAAUCUUCUAUUUAAGCGCGAAACACAUGUACGACGACACCGUCCGAUCCGAUGUGCGGACUGCCGGAAUG